UUCGACAACAUCCUCUACACUGCAGUGUCCAGUUCCGGUCUCGGGGAGCCCCGCUUCAUCGCCGUGGGCUACUUGGACGACACGCAGUUCGUGCGGUUCGACAGUGACAGGACGAGUCCACGAGAGGAACCACGGGCGCCCUGGGCAGAGCAGUUGGGGCCGGAGUACGGGGACAGGAACACCAGGACCUACAGAGCCACUGCACGGGCUUUCCGAGUGGGUCUGGACAACCUGCGAGGCUACUACAACCAGAGCGAGGCAGGGUCUCACACCUUCCAUUGGAUGUCUGGCUGCGACAUGGGGCCCGACGGGCGCCUCCUCCGCGGGUACAGUCAGUUUGCCUAUGAUGGCGCCGAUUACAUAGCCCUGAACCUGAGCUCCUGGACCGCGGGGAACAUGGCAGCUCAGAUGACCAGGCGCAAGUGGGAGGCGGCAGGAGCUACAGAGCGCUUCAGGAACUACCUGGUGGGGGAGUGCGUGGUGGGGCUGCGCAGAUACCUGGAGAUCGGGAAGGAGACCCUGCAGCGCUCAGAGCCCCCUCCUCAGCUCUCCAUCCCCACCGGGGGCCUCAUUGCUGGCCUGGUUCUCCUUGGAGCUGUGCUCGCUGGGGCUGCGGUGGCUGCAGCUGUGAUGUGGAGGAAGAAGCGCUCAGGCUGCGACAGUCCCCAGGCUCUGAGAUGUCAUCAGCCCCUAAAGGGCCCGGUGGCCUGAACAAACUGAGCCAAGUGGUGACACCCAACCCUCAGCGCCCCGAGUCUGCUGGCCUCAGAGCUCCCAGCCCCUGCUGUCUGUACCUGAGCCCAGGGACUGUCUGAGCGGCUCAGCCCAGGCUCACUGGGCUGGACUGGGCCUUGCUCCUGUUACCUGAACUUUCUCUCUUGGCACCUCUGUGUUCUCAUCUCUGAAAUUAGGUAACAGCAUUGUCUGCAAUUCUCUUUCCUCUGGUUCCACCAGCUCUCUUGUGCACCUUCACCUUGGAUGUCUGUGCAGGUCAUAUAUUAUACGUAUA